UAGAGACCAACCCCCAACACAAACCCCAAAUCUCAAUUGUCCCAAUUGUCUCAACAACUUGAAUACAAAUCUCAGCUAUUAUUCAACGAUCAACGGACUUUUUUUUUCAUAAUCAAUCUUCUGGGAGGACAUAAGCACGUAAGAUAAUCAUAGCACCCAUUUGAUAAUACCAUGAAAUCAGCGGCAGCAAAGGGUCAGCAACAUGAGGAAGAAGAAGAGGACGACGACGACGACAAGGACCUCCUUUCCAAGAAUAGAGAUGGGAAGAACAAUGACAAGGUCAAUUCAAUACGCUCGAAGCAUUCGGUCACAGAGCAGCGCCGAAGGAGCAAGAUAAAUGAGAGAUUUCAGAUGCUGAGAAAUCUCAUACCUCAUAGCGAUCAGAAGAGAGAUACAGCGUCAUUUUUGCUGGAGGUGAUUGAGUAUGUUCAAUAUUUACAGGAAAAGGUACAAAAGUAUGAGGGAUCAUAUCAAGGGUUGAAUUCAGAGCCCACAAAGCUGAUGCCAUGGAGAAAUAGUCAUUGGCGCAUUCAGAGUUUUGUUGGACAUACUCAAGCCAUAAAGAAUGAUUCUGGUCCAUGUUCAACCUUUCCUGGGAGGUUUGAUGAGAAUAAUAUCACUACUUCUAUUUCUCCAGUCAUACAUCCAAUUCCAAACCCACAUAAUCCAAUUGAAUCUGACAACCCUAGUAGAGAUCCCGAUGGCAAACCAGUGGAGCAGCAACCUGUAUUACCAAGCAAGUCUAUAAUCAUGCCCCCCAUGCCUAUGCCUUUGCAGGCGAGUGUGCCGGCUUCUGUCCAAGGUGACGAUGUGAUCCCCCAUCCUCUUCAGAGACCAAUUUCUGAUGCACGAUCAACUGAAUGCCCAAUCAUGAGUGAUGCAUUAAGUCAACAAGAGGAGUUGAUGAUUGAAGGGGGCACAAUUAGCAUAACAAGCAUUUACUCUCAAGGGUUACUAAAUAAUCUGACACAAGCACUGCAGAGUGCGGGUGUUGAUCUGUCCCAGGCCACUGCCUCAGUGCAGAUUGAACUAGGGAAGCGAGCAAAUAGAGGAGUGACAUCUGGUGUGCCCAUUGCUAAGGAUCCUGAGAAUACCCCUUCUUCCCAUCAACCGUUUGGACAUUUUAGGGAUGCAAGCAAUGGUGAAGACCUAGAUCAAGCACAAAAGAGGCUGAAGAUAUAAACUAGUAUGGUGCUUCCUCGAAUCUUCAUUUACAUUUUACACUCAUUUACAUGUCAUCUCCUGGUUUAUGAAUUCAUCACGUGUACAUGCCGUGUUUUCUCUUCUGUUUUUUUUUUUCUUUUUUUUCUUUUUCCCCUCAGUUUUUUGGGUUUUGUGUACACUAUCAUAGGUUCCUUUAUUUUUUGUUUGGUAGAUAGCAUUCCCUCUGAUUCCCUUAAAUUAGAAGUAAUUGAAGAAAUGUCUCUGAUAAACAUUCCCUCUGUUGAUUGUAUUCAUAUAAAUGUUUCUAUGUGCUUUAUAUUCAAAACCUGUUCUAUUUGAUA